CUCUCUCGCGGCUCCCGAGGCCUUCACCCGAGACGAGCUCGUCUAAACAGCAGAAAUGUCCCCCGCCGCAGUGGCUCCCCCCCUCUCGCGCACCAAGCGGUUCGUCAUCGCCGCCGUUUCCGCCAUCAACGACGCCGCUUGCCGCUCAGACGGCACCGUCAACCGCCGCCUCGUGUCGCUCCUCGACGCCCGUGUCGACGCUUCCGCCAAACCCUUUCGUGGCGUCCGCACUGCCGACGUCCCCGUUGACCUCUCCCGUGAUCUGUGGUUCCGACUCUUCGUUCCCUCUUCCGUUUCUGACGGCGAACGGCUACCCGUCAUCGUCUUCUUCCAUGGAGGCGGGUUCGCAUUCCUGUCCCCCGACUCCUACCUCUUCGACGACGUGUGCCGCCGGAUCUGCCGCACGGUCCACGCCCUCGUGGUAUCCGUCAACUACCGCCUCGCGCCGGAGCACCGGUGCCCGGCGCAGUACGAGGACGGGGUUCACGUGCUUCGCUUUCUGGACGGCGGCGGUCUCUUGUACGCUGACCCCUCCGCUGCUGAUCUUGCCGACCUAUCCAGCUGCUUCCUCGUGGGCGACUCCGCCGGCGGAAACAUCGUCCACCACGUAGCCCGGCGCUGGGCAGCGGACGCCGACGGCGGGUGGAAGAGGCUGCGACUGGCGGGAAUGGUGCUGAUCCAGCCCUACUUCGGUGGCGAGGAGCGCACAGAGGCUGAGCUGAAGCUGGUCGGUGCACCGCUGGUGUCGGUGGAGAGGACGGACUGGCUGUGGCGGGCGUUCCUUCCGGAGGGAGCGGACCGGGACCACGAGGCGUCGAACGUGUUCGGGCCGCGGGCGGUGGGGGAGCUGGAGGAGGCUCUGCCGGCGGCGAUGGUGGUGGUAGGGGGCUUCGACCCGCUGCAGGACUGGCAGCGGAGGUACUACAAGGGGCUGCGGGCGAGGGGCAAGUCGGCCCGGCUGGUGGAGUACCCGGAGGCCUUCCACUCCUUCUACGCCUUCCCUGAUCUGAAGCAAUCCACAGUGCUCAUGGAGGAGAUCAAGAGCUUCGUCGACAGCCACCGACCUCGGAAGGAGGAGGACGGAGAAUGAAGUGGUGGUGGUGACAAGCACAGUAAUAUUGAAGAAUGGUAGUUGUUUAUUCAGUGAAUAUAACAGUAAUUGUGAUUGCACAGUAUUCCUUUUAAUAUAUAAAAAGAUAUGAGUGGGCUGUUUAUACAAGUUAUUCAUCAUAAAUAAAGUUCUUUUUUUUUUUUUGUUUCUGAUAGAAACGAGAAAGAUGUGAGUUGACUAUUUAUACCAGUUGUUGAACAUAAAUAAUUUGAAAACAAAUAUAAUUAUUGUGAUCUCAUUUUUGUUUGGGAUAGAAAUGAAACGAAAGGAUUCCAAAUAUAUGGGCGCUUCCUUCUCAAAGAGUACAUAGUUUGACAAAAUCCAAAUGCAGAUGAUACAAGUGAC